UGGGAAUUCAUCGUUAGUCCCUUCAUCAACUUGUGUGUUGUGUCGGCGUUUUUCCAUUUUCCGACUGUUUGUGAGCCUAAUUAAAAUCCGAGGAGCAAUAAAAUAGAUUGGAACACUUUAAUACUUUAAAAAUUGUUCUCAGCUCAAUGGCGAACUUCGAAGUGCUGAGAAAAUUCUGCAGUAACCACUUGGCGAACUGUUUGAAGACUUCGAACGUCUCUGACUUCCAAGAAAAAUGUGUUGCCGAGUGUACAAACGAGAUAGAAAGAAAAUCUGCUGUAGACCAGGCCCUGAGAGAUACUCUCCUCUCAGUACUGAGUGAAGACAUGAAAGGAACGGUGGCAGCCCUAGAAUCCUACGUAACAUUCACAAUCGAACUGUGCAGAAUGGACCUGGCCUCACCCAGUAUGCCAGUUAUGCUCCUGAGUGAUAUGUUUGAUGCGAUGACACUAGAUAAAUGCGAACAGUUAUUCACCUACGUCGAGAACAACGUAACAAUUUGGAAGGAGGAUUUGUUCUUCAAUGGCUGCAAGAAUCAUCUUCUGAGAAUGUGCAAUGAUUUGUUGCGCAGACUAUCCCGUUCACAACAGACAGUCUUCUGUGGUCGAAUUCUCCUUUUUCUGGCCAAAUUCUUCCCUUUCUCUGAGCGUUCAGGAGUGAACAUUGUCAGUGAAUUCAAUUUAGAUAAUCACACCGAAUUUGGGACCGAUAAACCCGAAACAGAUGCCACAGAGGCUAUGGAGGUGGAUGACAAACAAGAUAAACUCCAGAUCGAUUACAAUCUAUACAGAAAGUUUUGGGCACUACAAGACUUUUUCAGAAAUCCUAAUCAGUGUUACAACAAAGUUCAUUGGAAGGUUUUUUCAGCUCAUGCUAGUAAUGUGCUGUCAGCAUUUUCAUCUUUUAAACUUGAGGAUCAACGCACUCGUCCGACAACUGGAUCAAAGGAGACCCGAGAUACUGCGAUCGAAGGUGCUCACAAAGAAACUCCUUAUUUUGCUAAAUAUCUGACAAAUCAAAAGUUACUUGAACUUCAGUUAUCGGACUCGAAUUUUCGAAGAUAUGUGUUGCUCCAGUUUCUGAUUCUCUUUCAGUAUCUGAAUAGUACAGUUAAAUUUAAAUCUGAAACACACGAAUUAAAACCAGAUCAAGUUGACUGGGUAAAAUCAACGACUGAUCAGGUGUAUGGAUUGCUCGUUGAGACACCACCAGAUGGUCCAGCAUUUGCUGAUGUAGUGAAGAAUAUUCUGAAACGUGAGGAGCACUGGAAUUCGUGGAAGAACGAAGGUUGUCCGGAAUUCAAGAGGCCAGUGCCGGAUUCCGUGGAUGGAGAUGAGCCAAGAAAGGCAAAAAGAUUGAGGAGAAGAAUCGGAGAUGUUGUAAGAGAUGCGCAGAGAGUUGGAAAAUUUUACAUGGGCAAUCCGGAGCUCACAAAAUUGUGGAACUUGUGCCCCAGUAAUUUAAAAGCUUGUAAAUCAAAGGAACGUGAUUUUUUGCCAUCACUGGAGACUUAUUUUGAGGAAGCCAUUAUGCAGUUAGAUCCAGCUUCAAUGGUCGAGGAUGAAUAUAAAAAAGUUAACGAUGGUAAUUUUGGAUGGAGGGCAUUGAGACUGCUAGCUAGAAGAAGUCCACAUUUCUUUGUUCAUGGUAACUGUCCUAUAUCAAAAUUACCUGAGUACUUGGAGCUGAUGAUUAAGAAAAUAGCGAAAGAUCGACCUCAGGCACAGUAUGAUAUUAAACAGGAGAAUGAAGAAACUACACCACCAGAAUCCAAUGAUCAAGAGUUUAAUGAAGACAUUUUGAAACAAGAGUCGGAGACAGUUGAAGCUGAAAAUUCUGACAAUAAAGCAAGAAAGUUGAACCCAGUGAGUAUGGAGAUGAUUGAGAAACUUUCAGAAGUACUCAAAGAAGAUUGGGAGAAGCUAGCAACAAAAUUGGGAUACAACAGUAGAGAGAUUGAAUUCUUUCAAGGGAAGCCAACUCAGUAUGAACAAUGCAAGACAAUGCUCCAAAUCUGGGUGGAAGCGGAUGAAGAUGCCUCUGCGGAGAAUCUCGCUUACAUUCUGGAGGGAUUAAACUUUGAGAAAGCUGUGGCUGUAUUGAAGCCCAAGAACGACUGAAGCCUCACAAAAAAUAACCCUUUCAUUAAUCAUCAGAAAGGUUCUCUCAAGUACAAAGUAGCAGAAAUAAAAUGGUAAUGCCCUGGUAUUCUGUUGGUUUUUUUUAUUGACAAAUACAAUAAUAAAGUAUACAAAUCAAACACUCUGGAAGUGGUUCUUUCGUCUGGUGCAAAUGAUACUGAAUAAAUUAUCAUUGCACACAUUGUUCGGGGUUUUCUGAAAAUUUAGCCAAUAAGCUUUUCGGAAUGUCGUAAUCCAUUUUACGCGAUUCAAGAAAUAUAGAUUAUAUUCUGUUUUCAUGCAUCUGACAGGUGGUUUCUGGAGUCAAUUAUUUUGGAAUUGAGUAUUACAUUUUCAAUGUUAUAGACGUUGACUUAGAUUCGACUUUUUGGGGGGCGGAGGGGAGAAAGGAUUUUUUUUUGUAAUUAUGGAUAAAAUACAUCGGUAAUUCAUUGGCGCACGGAUACCACAGAAUAUAUAGUAUCAAAGAGGAAUUCAACAUUCUUUGUUACGAUUAUUACUCCACUCGAUAGCCCAUAGGUUUCGAGAGGAGGAUUUUUUUGUUCACGUCAAGUAUACUAUGCAAGGAAAAUGGCAGUAAUUCAAGAGCAUAUGCCUUACACUCGCACACAUUUUUAUUAUUUAUUUUCUGGGCUUUUUUUGGACGAUGAUACUAAGUGGGUCAUUCUUAAAGUUACGCUUAUUACUUAUUGAAUGCUUUAUUAUCUUUACUGACGAACAUAUUCGUAAAUAUUGACUAAAUGUGAACAUUUCUCUUGCGCACGUAUUCAUCACUCGCUGUUGUCUCACUUUGGGUAUCAUUUUUUCACGUUUAAUCAAGGAGUUUUUUUAGGAUUAACACAUGUUGAUAUGGAUUAGGUAUCGAUAUGGCAAAUCAAUUUGCAUCUAGUUAUCUCUGAAGCUAUCAGUCUUUUCGAGAAUUUCCUAGUAGGAUAUUUGUUCGAAAAGUAACAACAUUGAUACGAUUUUUCAAUUACUGUUUUUAGGAAACGACGAGACGUCGAAAGAUUUAUUUUGUUGUCUCGAUACUUUUGAAAACUCACGAAAUUUAAUGAAUAACUUCUGGUGACCUCAUGAGGAACAUGGAUUAAUAAAAAAAGCGAGCAACAAUUUGUAAUUACAAGCCGGAUUAUUUCGUCUAGCCAAUAUUCUAGUUUAUUUUUAAUGGAGUCUAAUGUUUUUAAGGUUUCCGUCACCUGCUAUUUUUAUAAAACUGUUUUUUCUUUAAUAAUUUGAAGAAAUAAAUUUUCAAUUGAAGAGUUGGAUCUUUUGCUUCGAUAUGAAAAUAUGAGACUGUUAAAAAGUGAAUAAAAU